AUGAUUGAAUUACGUGCCCAAAAAGAUGAUCUUGGGGACCAUAUUUCCCCUGAGAGUCCAGAAAGUACUGGAACAGACCUCAAACAAAUAGUGGUGGAAACGUAUGGCGAGCUCUCGGGAUCCCAGAGCAGUCAACAUCCUGACUCCAAAGUUAUAACCUCUCGGGACGCCGAUAUUUCUUUGAAAUUUUUGCGCCGUCAUAGUGAUGGAGUGCCCGAAAUUUCCGCCGUUGAGGAGAAAACUCUAUCGAGAAAGAUCUUGUGGAUUAUCGUUCCCUUAUGCUCUUUGGUGGACUUUGUAUUAUAUGCUGACAAGGCGACGGCUUCAUACACAUCAAUUUUUGGUAUGUGGAAAGAUACUCACAUGACUCAAGACUCUUACAAUAAUUCGACGACACUAUUCUAUGUGGGAUACAUUGUUGGUCAAGUGAAUCUCAUUUUCCUGCAAAAGUUCCCUGUAGGCCGAGUUAUGACGGUCUUGAGUUUCGUGUGGGCCUUAUUGAUUUUUCUCCAUUCUUUCGCAACCACUUAUCGGGGAGUCUACGCGCUAAGAUUUUUUUUAGGUUUUGUUGAAGCAAUCGCGGUCCCAGCCCUCAAUACAACAAUGGGGCAGUUUCUCACAGCUAAAGAAAAAAGUUGGACGGCACCUCUCUUUUAUACGACUUGCUUAGGCAAUGAUAUUAUAGUGGGUUUCAUCGCGUUCGGUUUAUUACACGCACGGCCUAGCAUUGCGAUUUGGAAGCUCUUUAUGAUUGUUAUUGGCGGGUUAAGCCUUGUUGUCACCAUCUUAGUGGCGCUCAUAUAUCCAAACAAUCCAACGGAUGCGCGUUUUCUAAGCUUAAAAGAAAGAGUCUGGGUGAUUAGAAGGGUACAGAAGACUACAGGUUCCUCGAUAGAACAAAAGACCAUUAAAUUCCAUCAAAUCAAGGAAACGCUAAAGGAUCCAAUUUCAUGGCUUUUUUGCGCAUUUUUCUUCUGCAAUCAGCUUUCUAACAAUCUCGUUUAUCAAGAAAAGCUCUUAUACAAACAGAUUGGUGUUUCAACUUUGGGUUCAACUUUGGUGUCCGUCGCAUAUGGAGGAUUUUCAGUUUCAUGCGGUAUCGUAUCUUCAAUACUAAUUAGAAAGGUAAAAAACUUCACUGCCUAUUCCGUCAUAUUGUGGACCCUCUUUCCGUUUGUUGGUAGCAUAGCUGUACUGGCCCUUCCCUGGGAAAAGAAAUAUGCCAUUUUGGCGAUGAUCUGUCUCUGUGCGCCAAAGGGAGUUGCCUGGAUUUUGAUGUUUAGUUGGAAUUCGACUAGUGCUUCGGGUUACACUAAAAAAAUGACCAGAAAUGCAAUGGUGAUGUUUUGGUAUGGUGUUGCUAAUAUCAUUGCACCCCAGUUAUGGCAAGCAAAGGACGGACCAAGGUAUUAUCCGGCGUGGAUUGUUCAGCUUUUGUUUGCUUUCAUUCUAGCUCCAAUUUCGACUCUAGCUAUAAGGGUCAUACUAGCAAAGAGAAACAAGGAAAGGUCGGAGACGAGGGAAAAGUAUCUCCUAUUAGCAGUUAUAAGAGAUGAUGAAGAAGACAUCACUUCUUCUGAGACAAAUUUAGCACUUCUCGACUUUACUGAUUUGGAAAACAAGCAAUUCAUCUAUCCGCUGUAA